UCAGCAUCGCGAGUCUCAUCGUGGUGCCUCAAGCUUAUUUCAAAUCACCACGGUACCUUGGGUUAUGCGAGCUUGGUUUUUGUGGUUGGUCUGCCAAGGGUAAUUGCUUGAAUUGCAUCACGACCCUUGUGGAGCAUUUCGAGAUGUCUGUGCAGCGUUGCUUUCCCGCUGAGAUCAGCAUUUUUUCAUAUUCAAGGGGUUUGGCCCAGCAGAUUUUGAACUGGGUGCUUCACGAAUCACCGUUCUCAACUUAUCAGUUCCGGAUCUCCUCUUUCUCCGCAUGUUUGGAUGUGCUGCUUCUUGCUUUUGUUCUGUCUUCUCUUCGCGAUGACAAUCUCGCUUCAGCUUGUCCGUUUCUCGACGAUCUUCACUUGACAGUUCGGCUAACGCUCUCUGCAUCUGUUAUUUCAUAUACAUAUUUCAUAUACAUAUUUCAAAUCUGGUACUACCUCUAUUGCUGUUUGAUCGGUUCCAAGCUCUUUCUGCCGGAGUUUUGCCGGAAUUUUUGCCAUCUUCGCACUGUUUGUCGCCUCCGUGCUCUCCUGCUCUCCUGUUCCGUCUUUGUCUACGCCAUUAUCUUUUGGCGCUCCUUAAUUGCCCCUUUCUGGUCAGCAUUCACUUUUCGCUUCUUCCAUUGUGAUGCCGGCCUCUUUUUGCAAAAUACUCACUCUGCUGCUUCUCUGUCGGGUGAUAUUGAUGAUCGCAGGUUGGUUGUUCUAUAUAGAUGCAAUAAUAAGUUAUGACAUACUAUCUCCAGCUCUUUGUCGUCGGCGUUCUUUAUUGCCCGGUACCAAAAUUCUAUUGCCCGGUUUCAAAUUCAGCCUGAAUUU